AUGGCAGAGGCCAGCGGGACCAAGGAGACCACUCACCAGAAGUCCGAUGGUGACGAACAAGCCCGCAAGUAUCCGAGUUCAUUGCGAAGUCCGUGGGUCCAUGGUGAACGGGAGAGGCGCCAACGAAAAGACCUCGCCGACCCAGGAUCAGACGAGAAUGCUGAAAAGGAAAACACAUACUCCACCAUGACCUUGGCCAUGGAUGACCAAAGCCCAUAUCCGCGACCUGGGUGUCGAAAGCACGGCAGUGGACGCAGCAAGACAUUUCCAGGACAGCUCUGCACACUGAGUAUGUAUUUCAUCGAAGAGGCUAGGAAGAUCGAACGAGAUUCGUCGAGGCGGCUCGACCGGAGAGGAAAUGGGGAUGAGGUCGAAAGUCAAAGACUGCAAACCAAGAUUGAUCAGUACGAGAUGGCGAAAAUGCAAGAAGUUGGAGCUUACCAAGAUCAAGAGUUGUUGCAAAACUGGACCAAGCUGAAGCGGUUGUUCGAGGAAGCCCGCGACUGUAUUGUCGAAGUUCGCUGA